GAGACCCAAAUACAUUUCCCGCCAGCCCAUCACCCAGUCCCUAUACAAUCCCUCUCUCACCCCACUUCCCAAUUCUGUUUACCCUAAUUCCCUUUCCGAAUUGAUCCUCAUCCUCGAUCAAGAAAUGGAGGAGAAAUCUAAGCUUGAGGUUACGUUGAUCGGAGAAGCAGAUCCAGAUGCUAGCGCUUCCUCGUCUUCAAGCUCCUCUGCUGAACAGGUAGCAGCUAUGCUGCACGAGAGUGAGAGCGAAUCUGAGAAGAAGAUCGAGUCCGAUGACUCCGAAAUGGUGAAGAAGACUGAGAGUGCCUCUGUAAGUUUUCUGUUUUCAGAGCCUGCAAUUAGGUUUUGGUUUUGUAGAAAAUUGAUUCGUGUUUGGUUUUGUUUCGCGAAGCAGAGCGAGUCCGAGAAGGGUGACAUCGUCGUCGAGACUGAAGAUGGCUCUGAGAGCAAGACUGCCGUGCUUGGUCCUCCCGGUCCCAAAAUGACAUCGCCUCUCCAAUUCAUUCCGAGGGUUUUGAGUACCGAACUGCAGAGGGCUGCUGUAUUGGACAAGAAUGAUCAUACGACAGAGAAGAGUGUGAAGGAAGAUGAGUUAAAGAAAAAGAAGAUGAUUAGAGCAAUCAUGGAGGGCGCCCUAGAAGAGUCAAGUUUUAAAUGUGAAUGAAGUAGAUUUGCCGAAUGCAGUAGAUAACAAGCCUGACCAUACAUGAGACUUCCAACAAGCCUUGCAUCAGACUUUAUCUCCAUAUUCAAUUUCUCAACUUCAUUCUUUGGACAUUGCUUCUUGGAGUUUCACAAAAACAUUGGUGAUAUGGAAGGAGCUGAAGAAAAAGAGCAAUUACAGGCAGAAAAGUUCAUCUCAGCUUUUGAUUGAAUGGUUCCCUUUUCAGCUGCGUGAAGAAAUUGAUAGUGCCUAGUAGAAGUAGAUGUGCUGAUGUAUAUUUUCCAAUGCACCACAAUUUUAAGUUUACAUGCUGUCAGAUUAGAACCAUUGGAAAGUCGUAGUACAGAUCGAAAAUUUGACGAAGGGGAACACAAUAGCCUACUAGCAAACUGGUAAAACGUCUCAACUUAAUGUCUCCAAUGUAAAAGUUCUCGAAAGUUUACUUUUGUUCAUAUAGGUUUUCUAUAAAUAUAUUAGCUACUAUUAUGUACAAAUAAGGUUCCACAAUGUAAAGAUCCCAACUUUGUUAAACAUCGAGUUUUCCUACCGGUAAGAAGUUC